AUGUCCAAGGUAAACAACGUCCCUCAUUCUGGAAACCCGGAAAGAAGGAAAAAAGAGCCUAGCAGCACUCGAAGGAAGGAUCUCGAAAGCUUCCAUUUCAACCUCCCACUUCUUCCUUCGAUCCUUCCACCCACCGGGUAUGGAUGGUCCAUGGCUCUAACCGGUCACAGACAGGUCGGUCAAGCUCUCAAGCACCUCCCAAGCAGCAACAACAACGACGCUCAGGGUAAUACCGUCGUCUUCCACAACGGCAAUGUUCCGUGGCAGAGGGUCAUAUCGUCGAAUGGGGUAAUUCCCAUCAGGUAA